CAAAGAAAGAAAGAAGGAGAGAAAGGAAAGAAAAGAUAAGAAAAGCUAAAGAGAUGGCAUGGUCUGCUGAAAACGCCACAAAAGCAUUCCUCAGGACCUUGAAAACUGGAAACAAUGCAAUGGAGCCAGACGUGGCAGAGUUCAUAUCAGCAAUGGCAGGAGGGAGUGGAGCUAGACUCAUGGUGGAUGUCUGUGCGGACAGAGCUGGCUCAACCACGCUAGCGCUCAUCGCGGCAGCGCAGCAAACAGGUGGUAGAGUGGUAUGCAUAGUCCCCGGAGCUGAUGAGCUAAACUCAUCAGUGAUAUCUCUUGGAAUGCAAGCAGAGAACGUGGAGCUGGUAAUGGGGGAUGGUAGAGAGUUGUUGAUGGGGGAGUACCGUGGAGCUGACUUUGUGCUGGUGGACUGUGAUUUGGCCGGACAUGAACGGGUGUUCAGGGCGGCGCAGGCAGGGGCAAUGGAAGCGUGUGGAGGGGUGGUGGUGGGAUAUAAUGCUUUUCAUAAGGAGAUGUGUGGGAGUGGGAGUGGAAGUGGAAGUGGGUUGAGAGUGGAGCUGUUGCCGAUUGGAGAGGGGUUGAGAGUGAGUAGAGUGCCGCCGGCGGCGAAGAGGAGUCAGUGGGUGGUGCGUGUUGAUGAGUGCACCGGAGAGGAGCAUGUGUUCAGGGUCAGGUCUCCACGUAGGAAGUGGAUUGAGGCUUGAUUAAUGGUAUCAUGUUGUAUUAUUAUUAUUAUUAGUAGUAGUAGUAGUAGUAGUAGUAGUAGUAGUAGUGUAUAAAGAGAGAAAGAGGCUGUGUUUGUUGGUAUAACUUGGUAGAGAAUUAAAGAGGAAGAGAUGGUGGGUUGUCAUAACUUGUAUAUUGAUUUGGAGCUUGUUUUAACAUGAUUAAGUCUUAGUUGUCAGCUUUCUUUUUUUCUUUUUUUUUAAAUAAAAAAAUAGUGUGGACGAAUUUUGCAUAAUGAGAUAUUAGCGAUAAUUGAGGUUA